AAUAAGCAAUAUUAAUAUAAGAAAAAAAUAAUUAAAAAAUAAAAAAAUCAACAAGAUUGUGGAAUUUCUUCCACAUUUCUCUUGUUUUUUUUUGCACAAAAUGGGAAAACGUCAAGUCAUACACUGGAUUAUAUUUCUCGUGGCAGUUUUUGAUAGGAUUAUUACAUCACAUGCGGAUAAAUUCGGAGAUUUAAAGUUAACAACAUCAUCACCGUCAUUAGAUGUGCCAUGUACUGAAGGUCAAUUCCGCUGUAAAAAUGGCUUGUGUAUCGCAGCCAGCUUAGUAUGUAAUUAUCAAAAAGACUGCCCGGAUGGAGAUGAUGAACGACAGUCAUGUCCGCCGCCCGAAUGUGAAAAUGGGCAAUUAAGUUGCGGGCAAUACGUGUUCAAUCAAACGUAUUGCUAUCCAGCUCAUUACAAAUGUGAUAUGAAUGUUGAUUGUUCCGAUGGAUCUGACGAGUCAGAGUGCACAUAUCGCAAAUGUCAAGCUGAUGAUAUCCAUUGUGGCGCGCUGCCAGGAGUGCCAUUUGUUGGAGGACGUCCUGGGGAUCCGUGUGUGUCGAAGGAAAAGAAGUGCGAUGGUUACUAUGAUUGUCGAACGGGCAAAGAUGAGGAAGGUUGUUCCGGGGUCUCGUGUCAGUUGAAUGAGUUCCGUUGUGCUUCUGGCAACAAAUGCAUUGAAGCAAGUCUGAAAUGUAAUCACAAAAAUGACUGCGGUGACAAUUCGGAUGAACAUAAUUGCAACUUCCCCGCAUGUCACGGAGGACAAUUUAGAUGCGCAAAUGCACUUUGUAUUCCCGCCAACUUCCAUUGUGAUGGAUAUAAUGACUGCGCAGAUCAAAGUGACGAAGCAAAUUGCACAGCUAUCGCUUGUCCCGACAACAAAUUCUUGUGCCCUCGCGGAGGUCCCAACGGCACUCCAAAAUGCAUCACAAAAGCCCAACUUUGCGAUGGAAAGAACGAUUGUGCUGAUGGAACGGACGAAGUAACAGCUUGUUCAACUGCAUCUUGUCCCGCUCUAAAUUGCGAACACAAAUGCGGUCCAUCGCUCACAGGCGGCGUUUGUUAUUGUCCCCCGGGUCAAACAAUAUCGGCAGACAAUCGCACCUGUACCGAUCUCGACGAAUGCGCCGAAUGGGGACACUGCGAUCAACUUUGUACGAAUCUCGAGGGCUCGUAUACGUGCGAUUGCGCACCCGGAUAUACCGUUGUCGGCAAAAAUAAGUGUUCCGCACCCGAUGUCGGCAGUUUGGAGUUAUUUUUCGCACACGAUCAUGCCAUCACAAAAAUGUCUUCGCACGGACAAAAUCCCGAAAUAAUCGCAAACGCAUCCGGGGCAAGUGGUUUAUCGUUCCAUCACACGCGAAAUUUACUCUUUUGGUCAGAUGUCAAGACGCGGAAAGUUAUGUCGCAACCACUGCAUGAAGGCGGAUAUGCUGGCACGGAAAUUACACUUCCGGGUACAUGGACUCCUGUUGCCAUCGCUAUCGACUGGAUCGGAGACAAAGUUUAUGUCGCGGAUUAUGUGGGGCAAAAAAUCGAUCUUUUCGAAAUGCAUUCGGGCGGAUGGCACGCAAUCGUUUUAGGCUCAAAUCUCACAAGUCCCGGAGAUUUGGCGCUGGAUCCGCUUGUCGGAUUCAUGUUUGUUGCUGACGGUGGUCAAGUGUUACGUGCACAUAUGGAUGGAACGCAUGCCAGAUCGAUUGUUUCGGAAGCGGCAUACAAAGCUUCAGGCGUUGCUGUCGAUGUCAUCAGUAAACGAGUCUUUUGGUGCGAUUCUUUGCUGGAUUACAUCGAAACUGUCGACUACGAGGGUCAACAUCGCGUCAUGAUAUUGCGAGGGCAACAAGUCCCCAGUCCCUCGCGAAUUGCAUUGUUCGAAAAUCGCGUUUUUUGGACCGACGCCACGAAACAGGGCAUCAUGUCAGUUGAUAAAUUCGAGGGAACCUCAAGUAUCGAAGCAAUUUACAAGGCAAAAGACAUCCGAGAACCAAAAGCAAUUAUCACAGUACAUCAUUUGAGUCAACCCAAAACCAACAAUCCGUGCGGACAAAAUAACGGCGGAUGUCAACAUUUGUGUAUCGUAACUGCGGUUCAAGGUACGAAAAAUAAUUUGGGGUAUCGUUGUGCUUGUACCACGGGAUGGCAACUCGGAAGUGACCUCAGAAACUGUUUCCAAGUCACGGAAUUCCUCAUGUACUCGCAACAGCGCUUCAUCAAGGGAAAAGUUCUCGAUCCCGUUAUCGAAGGAUUUAGCGAAGCAAUUUUACCGGUAGUGUCGCGACGUGCCCGUUUCGUUGGUUUGGACUAUGAUGCGCAGGAAAAGUACAUUUAUUACUCCGACGUGUUGCAAGAUGUCAUUUAUCGCGUUUAUAAAAACGGCACCGGGCGAGAAAUAGUGCUGGCAUCACAAAAUGAAGGCGUUGAAGGACUCGCUGUCGAUUGGGCAGCCAAAAAUUUGUAUUACAUCGACAGUAGAAAGGGUACUUUGAAUGUCUUAUCAACGCGAAAUACGACACAUCGUCGAACUUUGCUGAAAAACUUGAAAAGACCACGUGCGAUCGUUGUUCAUCCGAAUAAGGGAUACAUUUAUUUCUCGGAAUGGGAUCGUCCGGCGAAUAUUUCUCGCGCAAACACGGAUGGCACGAAUCUGUUCGUCUUCAAAAACAUUACUCUUGGAUGGCCAAAUGGGCUUUCGAUCGAUUUUGAUAAUGAUCGGCUAUAUUGGUGCGACGCCCUGUUGGAUCACGUGCAACAUUCGCGUUUAGAUGGGUCCGAUGUGAAAACUGUCAACUCCAGGUUGAUUCGACAUCCGUUUUCGAUCGUGAUUUUUGACAUGUGGAUGUACAUCACGGACUGGAGAUUGGAUGCGAUUGUCCGUUUGAACAAAGAAACCGGCGAACAAGAAGAAAUAAUGGUUCGGGAGCCACAAACGAAUCGCUUGUAUGGCGUCAAAGUGUACAGUCAACGACUUCAGAGCAUCGCCAAUGGUCAUCCGUGUGCGCAAUACAACGGCGGAUGCGAAAAAUUCUGCUUUGCUAUUGCGAGAAAUAAUUCGCAAGGGCUCGAUGCGAAGUGUGCAUGUCCUUAUGGCGAACGACUUGCGGAAGAUGAGAAACAUUGCAUCGCAGAUCCGAAUGCUGAGCCGCCAGUUCAAGCUUGUCCGAACACGUGGGACUUUACCUGCAACAAUCAACGGUGCAUUCCGAAGAGUUGGGUUUGUGACGGCGACGACGAUUGCUUGGAUAACUCGGAUGAGGAACAAAAUUGCACGAAACCGACUUGCGGCGCGAACGAAUUCCAAUGCAAAUCGGGGCGUUGUAUCCCACUGAAUUUCCGUUGCGAUCAGGAGAACGAUUGUGGCGAUCAUUCCGACGAAUUUGAAUGUGCAAAUGUUACGUGUGCCAGUUCCCAGUUUGCCUGCGAAAAUGGAAGAUGUAUCCCGAGUAUCUGGAAAUGCGAUUCUGAGAACGAUUGCGGCGAUGGAAGUGACGAAGGAGAUUUUUGUGCGGAGAAAACGUGUGCUUACUUCCAAUUUACGUGCCCCCGAACGGGUCAUUGUAUUCCGAUGUCGUGGAAAUGCGAUGGCGACGAUGAUUGCUUCGAUAAGCAAGAUGAGAAGGAUUGUCCUCCGAUUACGUGUUCGGCGACGCAAUUCAAGUGCGCGGAUUUGAGACAAUGUGUUGAGGAGUCGUACAAGUGUGAUGGCAUUCCGGAUUGCAAUGAUGGCAGUGACGAGUUGGGAUGUCCUUCGAUUGCGCCGAAUCAGUGUAAUUUGGAGAAACAUUUCAGAUGCAAAUCAUCGGGCAUUUGUAUUCCCGUUGCGUGGCACUGUGAUGGCUCCUCCGAUUGCGACGAUGCCUCCGACGAAGAAGAUUGCGGCGAAAUUACGUGUCCCAACAACUUUUACAAGUGCGACAACAACAAAUGCAUCUUCAAGGCGUACGUUUGCGAUGGCAUCGAUCAAUGCGGCGACGGAUCCGACGAGGGAACGAAACACGCUUGCACUAAACCUCCUUUGAAAUGUCCUCACGGACAAUGGAAAUGCCCGAAUGUCACAGAUCGUUGUGUAAAUCUCACUUCUGUGUGCGACGGAACUCCCGAUUGCCCGAAUGGCGCCGACGAAGGCGAAGGAUGUGACUUGGCAGAGUGUCGCCAUCAAAACGGUUUGUGUUCAAAUGGAUGUCAAAACACUCCAACGGGCGCUUUAUGCAUUUGCCCGCCAGGCGAAGAGCUGAGUCCGGAUAAUUUCACGUGUCAGGACGCGAAUGAAUGCGAUCCGCCGGGAUUGUGUUCCCAAACGUGCACAAACACAAAGGGAUCGUAUUUCUGUGGAUGCACUGACGGUUAUAUCUUGGAGCCGAAUAAACAUUCGUGCAAAGCGGUGAAUCAUUCAGCUGCUUUCCUGAUUAUUUCGAACAGACACUCGAUUUUGGUGGCAGAUUUGAAGGAAACGAGUUUGGAACGUGUCCCGAUAAUUGUGGAAAAUGUCGUGGCAACAGCUUCGAACAUGCAUACGGGAACCAUCUUCUACAGCGACAUGAAAUUGAAGAAAAUCUCGCGACUCGAUCGGGGAGCUGAGCCCAAAGAUGUCAUCACGAUCGGUUUGGAUCUCGUCGAAGGUCUUGCCUAUGAUUGGAUCGGUCAGAACUUGUAUUGGCUCGAUUCGAAGCUGAAUACGAUCGAAGUUUCGACCGAAAAUGGGUCAAAUCGCAUGGUUUUGGUGCGAGAAAAUAUCACGCAGCCUCGAGGAAUGUGUUUGGAUCCUGCGCCGGGUGCUCGUUUCCUGUUUUGGACCGAUUGGGGAGAAAAUCCGCGCAUUGAACGUAUCGGCAUGGAUGGCACAUUGCGUGAAACGAUCAUAAAUACGAAGAUUUAUUGGCCAAAUGGCUUGACGUUGGAUAUUAGCACGAAACGCGUCUAUUUUGCUGAUUCUAAAUUGGAUUUUAUCGAUUUUUGUUACUACAACGGCACGGGAAGACAGCAAGUUUUGGCCUCAAGUCAUUAUUUAUUGCAUCCCCAUUCGUUGUCGUUGUUCGAAGACACCUUAUACUGGACUGAUCGACAGCUGAAUCGAGUUUUGUCGGCUCACAAGUACAAAGGAGACAACCAAACUGUCGUUUCGCAUCUCAUUUCGCAGCCACUUUCGAUCCAUGUGCAUCAUCCAUCACUCCAACCGAUGACUCCGAACCCCUGUGCUAAAGCCCAAUGUCAACAUUUGUGUUUGUUGAGUCCUUCUGAUCCUCAAGGGUACUCCUGCAAGUGCAAACCGGGCUACAAACUCAAACCCGAAGGUCGUUGCGUGCAAGAAGAAAAUGCCUACUUGAUGGUGAUUCGAGGAACGCAAAUCGUUGAUGUGCCAUUAAAUGGCGGAGACUCCCGUGCAGGCAGUUUAAGUCCCAUUAUCGGAGUUGAAGGAGGUACCGGCGUCGAAUUCGAUCGCAAAGGCGAAGUUCUUUACUGGAUUCAAGGCACAAGUGAAGAAGAUGAAAAUUGCACAAUUUACAUCACUCCGUAUGGCGGCGGAAAUAAGACAGAAUUCCUCGGACCGAACACGGGAAUGAUUGGAGCUCCUUAUUGUCUCGCCUUCGAUUGGAUUGGUCGCAAUUUAUUCAUCGGAAAUCGUCUUGCGAGCAACAUUGAAGUCAUCCGAGCUGAUGGAAAGACGAAAUAUCGGUCGGUAGUGUUGGCAAGCAAUGGAAAUGCGACCUCAGUAUCGAGACCGAAAGCGAUCGCCUUGGAUCCGACGGAGGGAAAACUCUUUUGGAUCGAUGAGGGAGGCUUUGGAGUGCCUGUGAAGAUUGCUGCUGCGAAUAUGGAUGGCUCGAAUCCGAUUAUUUUGACGGAAGAAGUGCAAUAUCCCGAAACGUUGACCGUUGAUACGGAUAAGAAGCAAGUUUAUUACAGCACGGCGCAUCCAGCGAAUGUUUUUGUCAUCGAAUAUAACGGAGAUGGCAAGAGGUUGUUGUUGAAGGAGGAGAAUGAUAUUGCCAAGCCGAAGAGUUUGGGCAUUUUGGAGUCGCGUUUGUACUAUUUGGAUCCCGUUUACGAGAAAAUUGUUCGAGUUGAUUUGCCCAAUGGCGAUAAUCCGAAGACAAUUAUGGAGAAUGAACCUGAUCUGAAAGGCAUGACAAUCUUCAAAAAACGCUCCAUGCCUCAGCAUCCCUGCCAAACAAACAACGGCGGCUGCGAGCACAUUUGCAUCCCAUCAACUGGCGGCUCUCGUACUUGCGCUUGCAACAUCGGUUACAAGAAAGAAAACGAAGUCAACUGCAUCGCUUAUCGUUCAUUCGCUGUCGUGUCGCAACUCGAUGUCACUCGUGGCUACAGUUUAGUCGAAAGUGCCGAAGCAAUGCUUCCCAUUUCGGGACCUGGGCAUCAUAUUCUUCACGUUGACGUUUUGUACCAAGACCCGUGGAUCUACUGGGCUGAAUAUAAUCGCGGACAAUGGAACGGAAUUUUCCGCAUUCGCCCGAACGGCACGGAAAUGCAACACGUGAUCAAAGACGGCAUCGGCAGCAACGGCAUUCGUGGCCUAACUAUCGACUGGGUAGCGGGCAAUUUGUAUUUCACAAAUGUCUAUCCGCACGAAAAUUAUGUCGAAGUGUGUUGGUUGGAUGGAACAAACAGAAAAAUUCUCGUAAAGACAACGACAGAUGCGCCCCGUGAGCUGGCAGUGAAUCCAAUCAAACGUCUCUUGUACUGGAUCGAUUACGGGCAGUACCCGAGAAUAGGAAAAGCGUAUUUAGAUGGUUCGAAUUGGACUCCCGUCGUAACUUCGGGUAUUUCGAAUCCGCGGGACUUGACAGUCGACAUGUUAACGCACGACGUUUAUUGGGUAGACUCGAAACUCGAUAUGAUUCAAAAGAUUUCGUACAGCGGCGGCAAUCGGCAAGUCAUUCGUCGUAAUUUACCGAAUCCAAUGGGAAUUGCGGUGCAUUUGGGCGACGUUUAUUGGGUCGAUCGCAAUUUAUUGACGAUUUUCAAGGCAUCCAAGUUGCCCGGUAACAACACUUUACCUGAAAAAUUCCGCGCGAACCUCCAAAAAUUACGAGAUAUUGUCAUCUAUGACGUCACCAAUCAACCAAAUGACGACAACAAUCCCUGUGCUCGUCUCGGAAACGGGGGAUGCGAUCAAUUAUGUUUUAGUUUUCCGCCAGAUGCGCCAGCUUCAACUACAGGACGACUCAAUUUCAAAUGCGAAUGUGCUACUGGCAAAAUUAGCAGUGAUGGAAGAAAAUGCGAAAUUGUCAAUGAAUAUGUCGUUUUCUCGACCCGAACUGAAAUUCGAGCUGUAGAUUUGGAUCCGAAAUCCACAAGAGUGCCUUUUGCUCCGAUCACGAACUUAACAAAUGUCGUAGGAAUCGAUUUCGAUUAUCAGGAUGACAAAUUAUUCUUCACCCAAAUUCGUCCCUGGCCUAAAAUCGCGUUUACGGAUGCCAAAGCACCUGGGGAUUUGACGUCGAUUAUCAGCAAAGGCAUAAAUCCCGAGGGAAUUGCUUAUGAUUGGACCCAGAAAAAGGUUUAUUGGACAGAUUCGUCGAAUAAUUCGAUUUACGCGAUGAAUCUGGAUGGCACGGAACUAAUUAUGAUCGCUCGGGUCGAAAGACCGCGUGCAAUUGUGCUGGAUCCGUGCAACGGAACACUUUAUUACACGGAUUGGGGUCGUUUUGGCACCUCAGGCAAGAUUUUCCGCACAACAAUGGCGGGAUCUCUGAAACGGGCGAUAAUUGACAAGGAUUUGUCGCAACCGAGUGGCUUGGCGAUCGACUACGAUGAACGAAUGUUGUACUGGACCGAUGCUGUUCGCGAAAAAAUCGAAAGAUCCCAACUCGAUGGCAAGAAUCGUGAAGUUUUGGUAGCAGCAACCAUUUACCCCUUCGCUAUUACCGUUUUCCGUGAUUACAUUUAUUGGACCGACUUGCAGUUGCGUGGCGUUUAUCGAGCGGAGAAGCAUACCGGAGCAAAUAUGAUCGAAAUGGUCAAACGUUUAGAUGAUUCACCGAGGGAUAUUCACGUUUAUUCGCAAACCCGUCAAAAAUGCUCGGCAAAUCCGUGUCUUCAGAAUAAUGGGGGAUGUGCGCAAAGUUGUCAUCCGGGCAUGAAUGGCAAACCAGAGUGUCGUUGCGAUGAUAACACGAAGCCCGUGAAUGAAGGAAGGAUGUGUGCCCCGAAAAAUCAUACUUGUGAUGCAAGUAAAUUUUAUUGUAGAAACGGAAAAUGUAUUUCUAGGAUGUGGGCUUGUGACGGAGAUGAUGAUUGCGGAGACAAUUCGGAUGAGGAUACGAAUUAUUGUGCUUUCCAUUCGUGUUCGCCGAACGAAUUUAGAUGUAAUAAUGGCAGAUGUAUCUUUAAAUCGUGGAAAUGUGAUCAUGAAAAUGAUUGCAAAGAUGGCUCGGAUGAGGAAGAUUGCGUUUAUCCGCCGUGUGCUGAUGGGGAAUUCACCUGCAAGAAUGGAAGGUGUAUUGCGCAGCAUCAGGUUUGUAACGGAGUCAACGACUGCAAAGACAAUGAAACAUCUGAUGAGACACACGAUAGAUGCCCAACAAACACAACUUGCCCUCCAAAUCACCUUAAAUGCGAAAAGACCAACAUUUGUGUUGAACCUUAUUGGUUAUGUGAUGGCGAUAAUGACUGCGGAGACAAUUCUGACGAAGAUCCUCUACACUGCGCGCAACGAACUUGCCCACAAAACAGCUUUAGAUGUCCCAACCACAGAUGUAUCCCCGCUACUUGGUAUUGUGAUGGCGACGAUGAUUGUCAAGACUCGGCAGAUGAGCCUCCAGAGUACUGCAAGACCGAAGGUAGAACCUGCUUUGGCGAUUUGUUCACUUGCGACAAUGGAAAUUGUAUCCCUCGCAUUUACAUUUGUGAUGGCGAUAACGACUGUUUGGACAACUCAGAUGAAGACGAUCGACAUCAAUGUAACGACAGAAAAUGCGAUGAUGAGACAGAAUUCACUUGCGAGGAAAAUAAAAAAUGGAAUAGAGCUCAAUGUAUUCCCAGAAAAUGGUUGUGCGAUGGUGAUCCAGAUUGUGUUGAUGGCGCUGAUGAAGAUGCCAAGUUGCAUAAUUGUCCCGCUCCACAAAAUUGCUCAGAUGAUCAGUUUAGAUGUGAUAAUGGCAGAUGUAUCAAUAAGGGCUGGCUUUGCGAUCAUGAUAACGACUGUGGAGACGGAAGUGACGAAGGAAAAUUCUGUAACAAUCAAUACAAAACGUGUUCUCCUCAAGAAUUUACUUGUCAAAACUUUAAAUGUAUCCGAAAUCAAUUCAGAUGUGAUGGCGAAGACGAUUGCGGCGACAAUUCCGACGAAGUUGGCUGCCAAAAAGACAACACGACAUGUCCCGAGAACAAAUUCGCAUGUGCAAGUGGUCAGUGCAUCGAUUAUCACUUGGUUUGCAACAAAGUCGCCGAUUGCCCCGACGAAUCUGACGAGCCCUUGCAUUGCAACGUCGAUGAAUGUGCCAAAGUUGAAAUCCAUCAAUGUGGUCACAAAUGCGUUGAUACCUUGACGAGUUACUAUUGCGACUGUAAUCAGGGCUACAAGUUGCUUGCCGACAAAAAAGCGUGCGCUGACAUCGAUGAAUGCGUUGAAACGCCCGCCGUUUGUUCGCAACAUUGCUCAAACACGCCCGGCGGAUAUUACUGCAAAUGCGACGAAAAGUACUACGAACGCGAACUUGACAUGCAAACGUGCAAGCGGAAGGACAACACGCCGCCAUGGCUGAUUUUCACGAAUAAAUAUUACGUGCGAAACAUGUCGGCGGAUGGCAAGCAGUACAAUGUUGUGCAUCAGGAUUUGAUGAAUGUCGUUGCUUUGGACUUUGAUCAAAAGGAGAACAAGAUGUAUUUCUGUGACGUGACGGCAAAGACGAUUUUCCGCUCAGAUUUGAACGAAGUUGGCGAGGAUGGGAAAUUCAAGAAGGAACCGGUGAUUAAACAUGAUUCGCAUGGACUUGAGGGACUCGCUGUUGAUUGGGUCGGAAGAAAAUUAUAUUGGCUGGAUCGUCAUUCGAAGAACUUGGAUGUCUCUGAAUUGGAUGGAACUUAUCGCAAAACUCUCAAAAGUGGCGUUGUUGAUCCUCGAGCAGUAGUUGUCCAUCCCGGAAUCGGUUAUUUGUACUUUUCAUCAUGGCAUCUUCAAGCCUAUAUCGCUAAAAUGGGCAUGGAUGGCUCAAACUUUUCGCGAAUUCUCACAUGGGAAGACGACAUUGCCUGGCCAAAUGCCCUCGCCAUCGAUUAUUUCACGGAUCGCAUCUAUUUCGCCGAUGCCCAUUUGGAUUACAUCGCUUUUACGGAUCUCGAAGGACGUCAUCGACACGUUGUGCUGUCCGGCGCGAAGGUUCCUCACGUAUUUGCCUUGUCGAUCUUCGAUGAUAUGGUUUAUUGGACCGAUUGGAACAUGAAAGCGAUCAUGCGAGCCAACAAGGGAUCCGGUAAAGACAUUCAAGUGCUCCGAAAUACGACACAUCGCCCCUAUGACUUGCACAUUAUGCAUCCGUUGCGACAAUUACCGUACAAAAAUCCGUGUGGCGAGAAUAAUGGAGGAUGUUCGCAUUUGUGUUUGUUGGCGCCGCCAUUGGAAUCGACAUAUUUAAAUGUUGAGGGAUACUUUGAAGAGGGAGCGCCAAGUUAUAAGUGUUCGUGUCCAAAUCACUAUUAUUUGGCGAGAGAUCAGAAAACUUGCAUCGCUAAUUGUACGGCAGGGCAGCAUCGAUGCGGAGGCGCUGAUGAGAAAUGUAUUCCGUGGUUCUGGAAAUGUGAUGGCGAACCAGAUUGUCGCGAUAAGUCAGAUGAGCCUUCAACAUGUCCUCCAAGACAUUGCAGAGCAGGUACCUUCCAAUGCGAGAAUACAAAUUGUGUUCCUUCAGCUACAAUUUGCGACGGGGUCGAUGAUUGUCAAGACGGAAGUGACGAAAAGAACUGCGAUUUGCCAUGCCCAAGUACAGAUUUCAAAUGUAAAUCCAGUGGUCGAUGCAUUCUCGAUUCGUGGAAAUGUGACGGAGAUUCCGAUUGCAAAGAUUCUUCCGAUGAAGAUCCCGCUAUUUGUCAUAAUCGAACUUGCGAUCCUGAUACCGAAUUUUCGUGCAAAAAUGGUCGCUGCAUUCCGAAAUUGUGGAUGUGUGACUUUGAUAAUGAUUGCGGAGACGAUUCGGAUGAGCCGGCGUACAUGUGUCGCCAGAGAAAUUGCACUACGGGAUGGCAACGUUGUCCGGGACAGAGCAAUUAUCGUUGCAUACCGAAAUGGUUGUUCUGCGAUGGCAAAGAUGAUUGUCGCGAUGGAUCGGAUGAGCUGCCGGAAUAUUGUCCAAAAUGUUCGCCCGAAACUGACUUCAAGUGUGGCAAUAAUAGAUGUAUUCCAAAACAAUGGACCUGCGACUUUGCCGACGAUUGUCAAGACGGAUCCGACGAAUUACCUGAACUUUGCAAAGGAAAAUACCGCGAAUGUUCCGAAUCCGAAUUCCGUUGCGGCAACGGCAAAUGUAUUUCGAGUCGUUGGCGUUGCGAUCACGAAGACGAUUGCGGCGACGGUUCCGACGAGCUCUCAUGCGAAGACUUUAAAUGCAAAAACGGCACCUUCCAAUGCGCAUCUGGACACUGCAUUGCCUCGUAUUUCCGUUGCGAUGGCGAUCGCGAUUGUCGCGACAUGUCCGACGAGCUAAAUUGCCCUCCGCGAUUCCCCGGCGGUCGAUAUUGCCCCGAAUCGAAGUUCCAAUGCAAAAAUAAUUUGUGCGUAUCGACGGUGGAUUUGUGCGAUGGGUCUGACGAUUGCGGCGACAAUUCGGACGAAGCACAUGAAGUUUGCAGCGAUUUCAAUUGCAACACUUUGAGACGCUUCCAGUGCAACAAUCAUCGAUGCGUCGCGAAAUAUCAACUGUGUGACGGCGUGGAUAAUUGCGGUGACGGCAGCGAUGAAAAUGACUUGGCAAUGUGUUCGGCGAAGAUCAAACCGUGCGAUCCAACGAACGAAUUCACGUGUGCCAACAAAAAAUGCGUGCAACGAACGCAAUUAUGUGACUUUGCGGAUGAUUGUGGCGAUUUGUCUGACGAAUUGGGAUGUCAUCAUAAUGCACAUUGCGAUUUGGAGACACGAGGCGGUUGCGAACAUUCUUGCACAAAUAUCACGGAAGGCGCGUAUAUUUGUCAUUGUAACGAGGGUUACAUCAUCGAUGCGACAAACAAGAAGAAAUGUCUCGAUAUUGACGAAUGCGCGACACAAAAACACACGUGUUCGCACAUUUGCAAGAACCUUAAUGGCACAUACGAAUGCGAUUGUCGCAGUGGAUUUAAAUUAUCAGAUGCCAUGUCGGGUGUCUGUAAAGCUCUGCAAGGCGGAAUUACGACACUUUUCGCGACAGGACAAGAAAUCCGCGCUUUUGACUUGAAAAAAGAGGAAGAAUUGGACGUCAUUGCGUCGGAAAAACGCAUUGAAGCUCUCGACUACGACCCUAAACAGCAAAUUGUCUUCUGGGUCGACAGUUACGACAAAACCAUCAAACGUUCGUACAUGAUAAACGCCCAAAAUGGUCAAGCGAAGACCGGAUUCGCGCAAGAUUUGAAGAUGAAAGGCAAUUCGAAGCCAACUGCGAUUGCCGUUGACUGGAUCGCCGACAAUUUGUAUUGGACUGAAACCGAUAGGGCAGGUUCUAAACCCAAAGGACGUGUUAUGGUAGCGAAAACUGACGGCAGAUAUCGUCGUGCUGUCGUAAAUACGGGACUUGAACAACCAACAGCGAUCGCCGUUGAUCCGCAACUCGGCAGAAUGUUCUGGGCUGAUGCCGGAUCCGCACCCAAAAUCGAAGUUUCGUGGUUAGAUGGCUCCAAGCGACGUCCCAUUAUCACGGAGGAGAUUCGGCAUCCGAGCGGCUUGGCAAUUGACUAUGCGCAAGAUCACACCAUCUAUUGGGCCGACAUGAAAUUGAACGUGAUCGAGAGUAUGAAGCCCGAUGGAAGUGGCAGGAGGAAGAUUUUGCAAGGAGAAAUGUUGAAGAAGCCGAUUUCGUUGGAUGUGUUUGAGUCGCAGCUGUUCUGGGUGACGAAGGAUACCGGGGAACUCAUUCAACAAGACAAAUUUGGACGAGGGGUGCAAGUGACAGUCCAAAGAAAUAUUCCAAAUCCGAGCGGCGUUAAGGUGUAUCACGACCAAAGAUACAAUACUUCGUUACCAAAUGCUUGCUACAACAACCCGUGCACACAUUUGUGUUUGUUAGUUCCUGGCGGAAGACGUUGCGCCUGUCCCGAUAAUAAUAUUCCGACCACGCAUCGAUCAACGGCGGAAGUUGUUUGUGAUGCACCUUCUGAACGUCCGAGACCCGCACCAAGAGUUUGUCCCUGCGAGAAUGGAGGACAGUGUGAGGAUACAGGAGUCGAUAACAAGCUAAUUUGCAACUGCCUCGAUGGUUUUAGUGGCGAAACGUGUGAUGUUUAUCAGGAAAUUAGCUUACAAAAGGGCACAUCAACCGGAUAUUCCAUUCUACUGGCCAUACUAGCGUGCUUUAUUAUUGCAGGAUUAAUUGGUGCUGCAUACUUUAUCUAUAAGAAAAAACCAUUUGGCAAAGUUAUAUUGCCGAACAUAUCAUUACCAUCACAAAAUGUUUACUUCCGACAAGGAACAAAUGUCGAGUUUGGAGGCGCAAAUGGCUCCACAGAACCGCCAACAGUUCCCCCCAUGGAAGGAUACACCCUUGAAACAUUGAAUCCCAAAACGACAGACUUUUCAAAUCCAAUGUACGACGCAGUGCAAUCGGGAACGCUUACAGAUCCUAGUCUAGAAAAUAAUAAAACAGGAAUUUAUGAAGUUCCUGCUGACGUGUCAAAAACAAACAACAAAAAAGGCACAUCAUCUGCUGGACCUUUCACAGAGCCAGUUUCAGCAAUCUUAGCACCAAGUAGUAUAACACAUAGAACAUCAUCUCCCAAAUUACAAAUUCGUCCACGUGAACUGAAUCCUUCCAAUACAGACACCGGCAAGGAUACCCAACAAUUAGUUGAAGAAGACAAAAGUGAAUGCUGAUAACUUUAUUAUGCCCGCCUGAUCUAGUAAAAAAAUGAAAGAAAAAAGAUCCUUUUAUUUUUAUGAUUUUUUUUUAAAUUAAAAUGUAAAUUUAUUUUAAAUAAUGUAUGUUUAGAAGAAAAAAAAACAUUAAGCAAUCAUCAUCAAAAAGUACUAUUCAACUUUAAAUUAUUUUAUUCUACAAAAGUAUUCUUGUCGUAUUAGCGAAAAAAAAAGUUUAAUUUUAAUAACUGCAUAAAUAAAUUACGGGAAGCUUUUUAUUUCAUAAUUAAAAAAAAUAUAUUAAGAGAACAUUAGGAGUGUAUUUAAGCAAUUACAUACAAAGAAUCUUUAUAAAUUGUUGAGCCUUUCAAGUAUAGAAAUUUAUUGAUUAAUUAUUUUAUAUUAUUUUAUUAAUUAUUAUUAUUGAGUGAAACUCUAAACUUCAUUAUCACACUUACCAUCAUCAAAAUAAUUGCAAAACAUUAGU